AUGUCAUUGUUCACUGCAUUGAACUCAACGCCCCAUGAUGCGUUGCUGGAGGCUGAAGAGCACUCACGUGAGCUUCAGGUAGAAGAGAGUUUUCGGGUGUUCCAGAGUGCGUUGUUCCACCUUAAAGCUAAACGCUUCGAUGAUGCAGAAGCGAAAUUUGAGCAGCUGUUCAAUAUCGAAGUAUUGAAACCGGACCAUUGGGGGCUGUAUCGGUACUCGUCACCUACGCUGGACCUGCUGCGAUACCUGGCGUAUCGCAACCGCGGGGUGUUUUACUACCAGUACGUGCGCGAGCAUGCGGAAGAGCUGGACAAGGACGACAUCGUGGACUACAUUCUCAAAGUGGUGGAGAACCUGUUACAAGCGCUGCAGCAUAGCGAUGGAGAUGCUGCGGUGACCGGGCUGCUACUGCAGGUGUUCAGAGGAUUCAAGAGCAAGCGGCUGCAGCGGUGGAUACUUGAGUACGAACUGACGAAGCAGCCGGAGGAGAUGCUGCUGCUGGGCCGGGGGCGGGCGCUUCUGCCAGAUACGCGGGGCCUGGUGGAGGAGUACCGGCGAGUGCUGCGUGACGUGAGAUCUGAACCGGUGACUGAAUUUGCGGCGCGUGUGCUCACACUGGUGAAAACAGACAGCCUCGAAGUGCAGCCGCUGCCGCCGGUCCUGGACAAGAUCGAGCAGCUCAAGGACGAGGACGAUGCAAUGAUGAAGCAAUUGGCUGAAUAUGAAGUUAAUCUGGAGGAGCUGAGUUGGGAGUGCAUUGCGGAGUCCUUCCGCAGCCUGGUACCGAAGUACAAGUACACCAACUUCUUCAGCAAAGCGCCCGAUCCUUAUAGCGAGGCAGGAGAUCCGAUUGAGUGCAUCAAGUUUGUACACAACGACAAGCCAAUAGAACAAGAAGUGAUGGAGCAACUUAGUGUUCAGAAUGAACGGGAGCCAUUCGCGGCCACUCAAGCGGCGACAGAGGCGCCUACACUAGAGAAAGAGGGCUCUGAGAAUGGGGGUCGCACCGAAAGUAAGCGGGACUCGGAGCUUCCGAGCGACAGCCAACGGCCAGCUCAACGUUCCAGUAAAAGGUUCAAGGAGCGCAGCACUGAGACGAACGAAGCAGAGCUGCUACGACCACAUCAAGACUUUGCUGCGCUGUUCUACUCCUGUACUGGAAUUCUAGAAGUGCGGCUAGAGAUAGAGCUGUCUCACCUCAACCCAGAAGCGAUUCCUUCCACAUAUCCAGCGUACAUGCCGAUGCUUGACUUCUACGAGUGCCUGAAUUCGUGGACAAGCAAGCAUACAGAGUUUCUCAACCAAAGUGAAACAAAAGGCACAUCUAAAAACAAGGGCAAAGGCGAAGAUAGCUUUCAAUUGACAUCUCUCUUGCGUUCUAGCAUGUUUACGGAGGAAAACCGCCCGACAAUAUCGUUGACGGAGUUGCCAUACAAAGAGGUAGCGGAGUUUAUCUCCACAGUGAAUAGCAACAGGUUGCAUUUUCAUGCUGUAAGGCUCUUGCUUCUGCAGGUAUUGCUUACUGUCAGGCCCGACGGCUCAUGUUUAAUCACCGAUACGUUUUGGUCUCCUAUACUUUAUGACACAAUAGAAUCUUUUGUUUUGAGCUUAGAGUCAAAUAUUUAUGACCUAGUAUAUUCUCAAAGUGAGAAGUAUAAGGGCUUGGGCUUGUCAUUUUGUGAAGUGUUAAUGAAUUCGUUGGGCGGAAUCUAUACCGAAAUACAUGCAAAGAAGAUUAGUGGAGGCAAAUACGGGGAGCUUGAAGCACAGAAGAACAAGCUUGAGAAAAAGAUUGACCGAUGGGUGCUGUUGCUAGAUCAAUUAGUCUUUGAGGGGAAGCUGAAAUUCAGGUACCUGUGGUCAAAGUUCUGUUAUCUCCAGUGCAUCAGCGACGUGACUGAUGAUAGGAUUAUCCACUCCCUCGACUAUAUCACGCAUGAACUACGGAAUAGCUCCAUGGACAUUGAUAUAUCCUAUGCGAAUUAUGAACAUACGCCACGGCUCAACAUGGAAACUGUCCAGUCCCAGCUUUCCAAGAUAAAAAUGAUGCGCAAAUUUACGAUGGUCAAUCAGAUGGAUGUGGAUAGAAAUGAUUCUUCAAACGAAGAUCAAAUAGAAGCACUUUCUCGUGUGUUGGUCGGUACUUCUCUACUGGAUACCCCAGAGGACCGUUCCAUGUCGGAAUUUGUGAACCAAGCACCAUUUCUCUUAAAGAUUAAGCUGUGGCGCAUCGUGUUACACCAUUACCUUGCUGUUAAGGACCAAUCCAAUUUCCAAAUAUGUUAUUUUAAAGUUCUUCAUGUGUUGUAUGAGCGGCUAUGCUCCAAAGAGUACAGCGACCAGUCACAGCUUCAAAGACAACAAACAUUGCUUUCGACGUUGUCCCUAAUGAGAUCAUUUACCUCUCUGUUCAUUGAACUUCUUUCAGGAGCAAAUGAGUGGGUUAUAAAUGAUACCUCUCAAGCGAGUGAAUACUUUAAACUUCUGAUUGACGUGUUUAUCCUAUUGUAUCCAUUGACCUACUUUGAAACAUUAUCACAGAAGAGUGCGACCACCGUUUCCUUUUUCAAAAAGGCUGCCAAGUCAUCCGUAAUCCUCAAGGAUAUGUUUGUCGAUAUCUCCUGCCUUCUCGUUCUUUACUUCACUGGUGCAUGCACGCAAAAGGAAGUCGUUAAUGGCGUCGAAGUUGCCACCGAAUUUAUCCAUGCUUUGCACCUUUUAAUUGGGGGAUUCACCUUCUGCGAUGCAGCCAAUGGUAACUUUCUUAACCUUGCUGAACACUUUUUCUGCUCGGUGGAGGGAAGUAGUUCAUUUAUUCCACUGAAACAGAUCCUUUUGUGCAAGUACCGUCUUUCUUUGGGAGGCGAUGCAAACAGUUUUGAAGACCAUGGUGCAAAACCGCAGGUGUUAGAAAUGCACAAUGCAGUGCGUUUAGCAAAAUAUCUCAUCAGAUUUGAAUACCAGAAUAAGAAUCCCUACCUAAUAUCCACCAACAGGUCAAACUUGAAGCAGGUAAUUGAGAAUGUUAUAGACGUAAUUGGGAAAAUUCCAUAUGCUGAGAACCAUAUUUUGGCCCGUAAUGUAUAUUAUUUUGAGCAGUAUUUGGAGGCGCCUGUAACUGCAAAGAUUAUACAGGAAGCCCUUCAAGGCUGCAUUUCAAUUGAGCUGACGAAACCUCGCGAUAACUUACAAGAGAUAGUGGAUCUGGGCUUGUAUUAUAUUAGUGGUGUCCAACUACUUAACUUAUACAAGGUCCGGAAAAAAACGCUACAGGCUCGCCCGUCAGAACUAGACUCUAUCAUUGAAACCUUAAAAGCAGACAUUCUGUACAAAACGAACAGGUUCGAAACAUGGUUUUUGCUAGGUAAAUGUUACUCUUACGUUGUGGAGGAUGACUUGAUCUGGACUUCAGAUAGAUUAGUAGUAGCCUCUAAAAAGGCAACUACUGCAAGUAUCCAAAGGAAGGCGAUAUUAUGCUACUUGAUGGCACUGAAUCUUUGUCAAUUGUCUGUUGAUGAUCCAUCACUAUCUGAAGCUCAAAAAAUGGAGAAUGCUUUCAUUAAGAGAGAGAUAUACGAAGUCCUUGCUUUAGAGCUACUGAAUGCAUACUUCAAGCCAAUGGAAGGACUACCUUUCCAAAGAGAUAUUGCACCUGCACUGGUGUUAACCGAAACUGGCGAACUUGUAGAACCCAAGAAUAGUCCUCAACCUUCCAUUUCCAGUGCUAAUAUUUACCGUGCCACGCUGCUUGUAUUUACAAACGCUGAUGAAAUGUAUAAAGAUUCACAGGAUGCCCUGCAAAACUGGCUAAACCCCCACUACAUUGCCAACCUCCGAUUUAAGCAUGAGCGUGAAGAUUUUAUUACCGACGGUUUCGAUAUAAUCAUCAGGGCGUGUAACCUGGCAAUGAAAGCAUCUACUUCGAACGACAACAUUAUCGAACCUCACUAUUCCUUGGUUAUUAAGUGCUAUAAAUCAGUAAAACAUGGAUGGUUGCGGCCGGAGGACGCACUGAAGCACCUUUUGAAUGAUAAUAGCUUCCUUGCGCAGGAAGCGAAUUUCUACUCUCACAAUCCUGAAAAUUCGGUUCAGGAUUUUUAUAGAAAGAUAAUAACUUUGUUGCGCAGGUUGUUAGCCUUAGACAAGAGGAAAUGGCAUCAUCGGCCAACAUACAGGAUUGCGCGCAUACUCUUUGAUGAUUUUAAUGAUGUAGACGGUGCAAUACAGGAGAUGGGAGUACUAAUGGCUUUGAAAAGUGUUAACAAGAAUCUCGUCAACAUAUGGAAACCUGAAUAUGAAAGACCGGGCAAACAUUUUGUCUAUACCUACCAAUACGUUAUGUUCUACCUGAAGCUUCUGAGUCAUAAGAAUGACUACAUAUCUUUGGGCCACGCCGCUAGGAAGAUGCGGAGAUUUGGUUCAGGUAUGGUUAACGGUUCUCUAGCUACAGAUAAAGCCGUGGAAAUGUUCAUUAAUGGUGCCAGAGCGGCUUUGGGUAUUAACGAAAAGGAGCAUGCAGAGUUAUUGUUACCAACUCUGAACUAUCAGGCGUUCAACAGAUAUAGCGACGAGUUGAUCGCCUCUUUCAAUAAAGAAAACUAUUCCUAUGAAGUUCUCGAAUCUCUUGCAAUUUCAUACCAACUGAAAAAGGGAUCAAGUGGAAUAGCAUUUGAUGGUGUUUGUUUGAGCAUCUAUUUUAAAUAUCUAUACCUGCCAUGGGUAGAAGAGCACGAAGCGGCAGAGGCUACACAGUCAAUGGUCAAAUUCGUCGAGAUCAAUAAAAAUGUAAACCCAACCGAGAAUGAAACUGCAUCGCCGCAGCCAGCUGCCGAACCUCAGAAAUCAACUACCAAGCAAGUAUCAUCGAGGAAGAGAGUCAGUAAGAAGGAUGCCUUCGAUAAAAUAUCACAGAUUGUAGAUAAAAUCACGUGA